UAUUGUGUUAAACUUAUCCUGUCUUCCUCCUUUGUAAAUAAAGGGUCCAAAAGUGAGUUGCUCUCAAACUCAUUAAUGGCAGAACCAAAAUGUGAGUUGCCGGAGGUAAUAGUCGUCGGCCGGCCAAUAAUUUUCCAAUUCUACGACCAACAGUUAUCACAAAAAUUCCGAAUCCUGAAACCAUGGGAAUCUUCACUCCCAUUGGAGCAAUUCAUUUGUACCCAUGCUCAAUCCGUACAAGCCAUGAUUUGCUCUCCUAAACGUGUCGGCAGCCAGAUUUCUUCCUCCUUGCUCCGCCUCUUACCGUCACUCCGACUUAUCGUUACCACCAGCUCUGGUGUUGACCAUAUAGAUCUAUUUGAGUGUUGCCGCCGCGGAAUCUCCGUCGCUAGCGCUGCGACUCUUUUCUCUGAGGAUGUUGCUGAUUUUGCUGUUGGAUUGUUAAUUGAUAUUCUUAGAAAGAUUUCUGCUGCCGAUCGGUUUGUUAAGAAGGGACUUUGGCCUCUUCAGGGCGACUUCCCCCUCAGCUCAAAGGUGGGAAGCAGGAAAGUCGGAAUUGUAGGGCUGGGAAGCAUAGGUCUAAAAGUUGCACAAAGGCUUGAAGCAUUUGGCUGCAUCAUAUCAUACAUGUCGAGGAAGAAAAAGCCUGUUUCUUACCCUUUCUAUCCUGACAUUCGUGAACUAGCGACCAGAUGUGAUGUCCUUGUCCUUUGUUGUGCAUUGACAGACCAAACUCGCCACUUGAUCAAUAAGGAGGUUCUACUGACACUCGGAAAAGGAGGAGUAAUCAUUAAUAUUGCCCGAGGAGCCAUAAUCAAUGAGCUGGAGUUGGUACAAUGUUUAGAGCGGGGAGAGAUUGCAGGUGCUGGGUUGGAUGUUUUCGAAAAUGAACCUAAUGUUCCUGAAGAGCUCCUUUCAUUGGAUAACGUUGUGUUGACACGACAUGUUGCUUAUUAUACCGAGGAUUCUUUCAGAGCUUUAUAUGAACUCGUAUGCGGGAAUCUGGAAGCUUUGUUCUCGAACAAACCUUUGCUUUCUCCAGUUUUGGAUGACUAAAACAUAUUAUUUUCAACCUUGAAAUCAAUAUUAUAUUCAGUUCAGCUUUGA